AUGGAAAAAUCAAAGAACUUCAGGAUCGACGCCCUUCUGGCUGAAGAACCACAUCGGGGGACCCGAGAAGCAUCACCUGGACUGAGCAGCGACAGCCCGACGGGUAGCCCGGUGUCCUGCAGGCGCGCCGACACUCCGUCCCCCCGCGGGACCCCGGGUGCCAUACACAUCCAAACCGGAAUCAUACCUAAACCAGGGCUGCUCAAUCUUCCACACCCGGGACUCACUUCACUUCCAGGCAUGUACACAACGCCCAUGUACCCUAUUUCAUCUUUGGGAUGUCAGCACCCUGCCUUGGCUUACUCGGGUUUUACGCAGCUGACGCAGCCGUAUCCGGAGCAGCUGAAGGCAGCGGCAAUGGCCGGAUCUUUACCCCUGGAGCACUGGAUACGAGCUGGCAUCAUGGUACCACGACUGCCCGAUUACACCUGUGAGUGGGGUAACGUCAAGAUCUGGUUCCAAAACCGUCGAAUGAAGUGGAAACGUAGUCGUAAGGCUAAAGAACAGGCUGCGCAGGUCGAAGUCGAACGUCAACGCGGGGGAACCAAAUCGACCAAUGAGAGGCCAGGAAGGGAUGGCCGCAGGGCCAUCGCUCAGAGUGUGGAGGAGCAUGAGGAAGAGGACGAUCUUGAGGAGGAGGAUGAGGAAGAUGAGGAAGAAGGGCAACACAAAUUCAUAAACGACAACCUUAAUGUACCACGUUGCACAGACUUUCUGCACCACACGUCUACAUUAGGAUACCACCCCGACAGCCCGUUCUCUGAGGAUGACAUGGAGGAGGUGGGAGGAAGUGAUAGGAAGAUUGGGGCAGGGUUAUGAAAAGAUAUCCAUAUGGAAACUGAGACUGCAUAACCUCACAGCAGCAUUACAGUCCUGUGUUGUGGUCUGACUAUGGCAACAGUAAAAUUAAAGAAACAAGACUAUAAAAGCCAAGCCUUUAGCCACCAAAAGACACAUGAAAAGCCAUC